CUGAGAUCAGGAGGGGCAGCUACCUCUCCCAUCCUGCUGCUGGCACUGCUGCCGCUCUUUUUGUGCAGUUGCCACCUGUGUCACUCACUGCGCAUUCCCAAACUUUCAGCUUAUGCAAAGACAGAGGACAGGCUGUUCAAGUACCUCUUUAGAAACUACCAGAAAUGGGUGCGACCAGUAGAACACCUCAAUGGGACAGUGGGGGUGAAAUUUGGACUGGCCAUCUCCCAACUAGUAGAUGUGGAUGAGAAAAAACAGCUUAUGACAACCAAUGUGUGGAUGAAACAGGAGUGGGUUGAUAUGAAACUGAGAUGGAACCCUGAUGACUAUUUAGGCAUCACAGCUAUUCGAGUCCCCUCUGACACCAUCUGGAUCCCUGACAUUGUGCUGUAUGAUAAUUCAGAUGGCCGUUUUGAGGGUACUGUCACCAAGGCUGUUGUCAAGUAUGAUGGUACUAUAUCAUGGACAACACCUGCCAAUUACAAGUCGGCCUGCACCAUCGAUGUCACCUUUUUUCCUUUUGACCUCCAGAACUGCUCCAUGAAGUUUGGUUCCUGGACCUAUGAUGGCUCACAGGUAGACAUCCUUCUGGAGGAUUUCCAUGUGGACAAGCGGGACUAUUUUGAUAAUGGUGAAUGGGAGAUAGUGAAGGCUACAGGCUGCCGUGGUCUGAGGACGGAUGGCAGCUCCUUCUAUCCCACCAUAACUUACUCCUUCAUCAUCCGCAGGUUACCGCUCUUUUACACCCUUUUCCUCAUCAUCCCCUGCAUUGGGCUGUCCCUCCUCACUGUCCUUGUGUUCUACCUGCCCUCCAAUGGCGGGGAAAAGAUCUCCCUCUGCACCUCAGUUCUUGUGUCGCUCACCGUUUUCCUCCUGGUUAUUGAGGAGAUCAUACCCUCCUCCUCAAAGGUCAUCCCACUCAUCGGGGAGUAUCUGGUCUUCACUAUGAUCUUCGUCACACUCUCCAUCGUCAUCACCGUCUUCGCCAUCAACAUCCAUCACCGCUCUUCUUCAACACACCACGGCAUGGCGCCUUGGGUGAGAAGGAUUUUCUUGCACCAACUGCCUAAGCUUCUGUGCAUGCGCAGUCACGUGGACCGAUAUGCCUCAGCUGGGAUGAACAGGCCAGGGCAAGCAGGGCAAGGGGAAGUAGGAGGAUUGUUAGGGUUGCAAAUCACAAAGGGACCAGUUCCAAAGUCAUCGCCUCUCUUCUAUUCACAACACGGCCUGCAGGCAGCUUUGGACUCUAUCCGCUACAUUACAAUGCAUGUAGUCAAAGAGAAUGAGGUCAGAGAGGUGGUGCAAGACUGGAAGUUUGUUGCCCAGGUUCUGGACCGCGUGUUCCUCUGGGCAUUCCUCCUGGUUUCAAUACUGGGCUCUGCUCUACUCUUUAUCCCCGUCAUUUAUAAGUGGGCCAACAUUAUUGUACCAAACCAUAUUGGAAGUGACAUCUAA